GCCCCCGGUCUGGCGUACAUUUUUCGCGCCCCUUUCCUUUUCUUCGCUUCCCUGGGACUUGGGGUCGCGGGGGCGCUCUCUACUUAGGCCGGCCGGCGAGCCCUUCGGUGGCCUGGCGCGGAGUGGGCCGCGCGCGCCUGCAAGGCACGGUGGAACGGAGAAAGGCACACAGCAUGGCAGAAAACCGAGAGCCCCGCGGGGCCGUCGAGGCUGAGCUGGACCCGGUGGAGUACACCCUUAGGAAACGGCUUCCCCACCGCCUGCCCCGGAGGCCCAAUGACAUUUAUGUCAACAUGAAGACUGACUUUAAGGCCCAACUGGCCCGCUGCCAGAAGCUGCUAGACGGAGGCGCGCGGGGUCAGAACGCAUGCACUGAGAUCUACAUUCAUGGCUUGGGCCUAGCCAUCAACCGUGCCAUCAACAUUGCCCUGCAGCUGCAGGCAGGCAGCUUCGGGUCCUUGCAGGUGGCUGCCAAUACCUCCACCGUGGAGCUUGUUGAUGAGCUGGAACCAGAGACUGAUACACGGGAGCCGUUGACCCGAAUCCGCAACAACUCAGCCAUCCACAUCCGAGUCUUCAGGGUCACACCCAAGUAAUUGAAAUGAAGCUGGUCCCCUUAUCCCCUCCCUGAAAACACUCAGCCAGGCCCAGAUGUGGCUCUCCUCAUGCUGAGUACUGUCAUGGACCUCCCAUCACAGCCAUGUUGAGAAAGGGCUACUCCCUCACAGCCCAAAGGACUCUGCAUUGAGGGAGGGGGCACUUGUCUUUAGUUAGGCCCAAGCAGUGGGUCUUCCUGAGUCUGUGUGUUCUGUAAUUAUUGUCCUGUACAAUAAAAUGUGCCAAGUUGUG